AGGAAGAGGGACCACCAUGUGGCUGCUGGAGGUGCUGGUUCCACUCCUGAAGCUUUACCUCUGCGGCUUCAAGGUGCUCGUUUACCAGAUGUUCCACCGCUCGUUCCCGCUGCCAGCGUUGCCGAGGCAGAGCGGGAGGGUUGCCAUAGUAACGGGCGGGACCAGAGGAAUGGGCUACGAGACGGCCAGACACCUGGCGGGGCUGGGUAUGCACGUCUUCAUAGCGGGGAAUGAGCGUGAGGAAGGAGCAGCAGCCGCCGCUGCCAUCAGUGAGGAGUGUCGUCCGGGGAAAGCUGAGUUUGUGUUCGUGGACCUGACGUCGCUGAAGUCGGUGCGACGUUUCGCCCAGACGUUCAGGGCCCGAGGGCUGGAGCUGCACGUGCUGGUGAACAACGCCGGGACCAUGCUGGUCCCUGAGAGGACGACGGAGGACGGGUUGGAGUUCCACUUCCACCUCAACUACCUGGGCCACUUCCUGCUGACGCAGCUGCUGCUGGAGCUGCUGCAGCGGUCGGGCCGGGCCGGACGCUGCUCCCGGGUCAUCAACAUGUCCUCGGCCACGCACUACGCUGGAGACCUGGACCUGGACGACCUGAACCGCAGGAAGUGCUACAGCUCCCACGCCGCCUACUCCCAGAGCAAGCUAGCGCUGGUGCUGUUCAGCUACCGCCUGCAGGAGCGGCUAGCCGCGGCGCGGCUGCCGGUGACGGUGAACGCCGUGGACCCGGGGAUGGUGGACACGGCGCUCUACGACAACCUGUGGACGCUGGCGCAGAUGCUCAAGAGACCCGUGGCCAAGCUGCUGUUCAGGACUCCGGCGGAGGGCGCGUCCGUCUCCGUCUACGCAGCGGCAGCAGCAGAGAUGGAGGGCGUGGGCGGCUGCUACCUCUACAACGGCCGCCGGACGCCGUCGUCACCGCUGUCGUACGACGCAGAGCUGCAGGAGAAGCUGUGGAGGAAGAGCUGCCAGCUGGUGGGCCUGCAGGAGGACUGAAG